UAUCCCAUGAUCGCAUUGUUUGUUAUCAAAAUUAAGCAAACAACCCACUGAACUGAACUAGUCUUAAUUCUUGAUAAGUUAAUAUGGUGAUUAUUUCAAAAGUAUUGGGGUUUUAAUAUUAAUAAUUUUGUAGUUUUAAUCUAACUUUUUCAAAAGUAGGAUAUAAAGUUUAAUUGUUGAGGAAGUAUGUUGAUCAAACCAGUCCUAACAUUCAGUGCCAGAGGCUUUCUUAAAAGACCCAUUUGCCAUCAACGCUUUCUGUUAUUCAUUAACCAAAGGUGUUCAUCAAAUCGGAGUGAAAGCGUGGAAGAAUCAACAGAGACAAAGGCGACUGCUAUUAGUACUGCAAGGCCUGAAGAUAUACCCCAGAAAAAUAUCCGUAACUUUAGUAUAAUAGCCCAUGUAGACCAUGGCAAGAGCACGCUGGCGGACAGGCUACUGGAGAUGACUGGGACUUUGGAAGCCAACCCUGAAAACAAACAGGUUUUGGACAGGCUGCAGGUAGAGAGAGAAAGAGGUAUUACUGUGAAGGCCCAGACAGCCUCACUAUUCUACCAUUACAAGGGAGAAGAGUAUCUGCUCAAUCUCAUUGAUACUCCUGGUCACGUCGACUUCUCCAAUGAGGUCUCUAGGUCUCUGGCAUCUUGUCAGGGUGUGAUCUUGCUGGUGGAUGCCAACCAGGGGGUGCAGGCCCAGACAGUUGCCAACUUCUACCUUGCCUUCAACCGGGAACUAGCUAUCCUACCCGUGCUCAAUAAGAUUGAUCUCAAAAAUGCCAAGCCCGAUCAAGUCAAAGAUCAGCUUUUCAACCUCUUCACAAUUGAUCCUGAUGAUGUGCUCAUGAUUUCCGCCAAGAUAGGCACUGGUGUGGACUCUGUGCUUGAAGCCUUGGUGACUAGGGUACCACCACCCUCUGGGAGCCGCACUGCCCCGCUACGGGCGCUGGUGUUCGACAGUUGGUAUGACAGGUACCGUGGAGCAGUGGCGCUAGUCUAUAUUCACGACGGGGUAGUACAGCCAGGUGAUGAGGUGUCUUCCCAUCAUAGCAAGCGCCACUACAUUGUCAAGUCUGUGGGUGUGUUGAAGCCCCAUGAACAAGCCACCUCACGCCUUGUAGGGGGGCAGGUCGGCUACGUGGUGUGCAACAUGCGGUCAGUGUCCGAGGCCCACAUCGGAGACACACUGCACGCCAAGGGUUGUAAGGUGGAGCCUCUGGGUGGUAUCUCACCUGCCCAACCUAUGGUCUACGCCGGCGUCUACCCCAUGGACCAGUCCCAACACGUCAGUAUGCGCAGUGCUAUAGAGAAACUUGCUCUCAACGAUCCUGCGGUCACCGUAACCAUCGAUUCCAGUCCAGCUCUAGGCCAAGGAUGGAGGGUGGGAUUCCUGGGUCUGCUACACCUGGAGGUCUUUAACCAGAGACUAGAGCAGGAGUAUGGUGCUGAGGCAGUCAUGACCGCCCCUAGUGUGCCUUACAGAGUGAGAAUAACAGGGAAGAAAAACAUCUCACUUUAUGGUGGUGAAGAGAUCGUAGUAUCCGAUCCGUCCAAGUUGCCCGACCCCACAAUAAUCACGGAGGUUUUGGAGCCAAUGGUACUGGGGACCAUCAUUACUCCUGAGAAGUACAUGUUCAAGAUCGUAUCGGAGUGCAUGGAGCGACGAGGAGUGCAGACAAAUUCAGUCAAUAUUGAUGGUUCCCGAGUGAUGCUUCAGUUUGUGCUUCCACUCAAUGAGAUCAUCAUUGACUUCCAUGACAACAUAAAGUCCCUCACCUCAGGGUUUGCUAGUUUUGACUACGAGGACCACGGAUAUGCUACUUCUGCCCUGGUUAAGCUGGAUAUUGCGCUGAACGGUGUGGUGGUGGAUGCACUAUCAUCGAUGGUCCACUUAUCAAAGGCUCAGGCUGUGGGCAAACGCAUGUGUGCCAAAUUGGUUGAGAUCAUUCCUAGACAAAUGGUCCAUAUUGCAAUCCAGGCUUUGGUUGGGUCCAAAGUUGUUGCCAGAGAAAACCUCAAAGCAUUUAGAAAGGAUGUUACAGCGAAACUGUACGGAGGAGAUGUAACAAGAAGGCAGAAAUUAUUGAAGCAGCAAGCUGACGGCAAGAAGAAGAUGAAGAAAGUAGCCAAUAUCAACCUGCCACGUGAGACAUUCAUUGAUGUUCUCAAACGGUAACAUCUCGUGCAGCAACUGAGUGUGCAAAUGUCACGCUUUGUAUAAGUCAAUCAUUCACCAUUUCAUGUUGAGAUGAAGAAAGUUGAAUGAAAGCUUUAUUUUACUAGUGAAUUGACAUUUGUUAAAAAGUUCUUCUGUAAAUAAUAUUCUAGAAACUGUUAAGAUAGCAAAAGUUGUACCAAAGUUAAUUACAGAGACUUUCACACAACCA